AUGGCUUCCCUGGCUAACAGAGCCCCUAUUGCUCUUCGUAACGCGUGCAGAUGCUACCCCGCUCUGAGCACACGACCGAGUGUAAUAGCGAGAGUGGGGCACGAACAUGCGAGGAGCUUUAGCAAUUCGCCAAGAUGGCAGAUCAAAACGAGGGAGAUGACUGAUGACAUGAUGAGGGAAAUCAAUGUCAACCAAGCAAGAUUGAUGGAUGAUAUUCACCACAGCUGUCAAUGGGGUAUAGGCGAGCGGUGGGGAAAUAAGCCGACAGAAACUGGAAUGAGUCGGCUCGCACUCUCCGAUGCUGACAAGGCUGCACGUGACUGGUUUGUCCGGACGACAAAAGAGUUGGGUUGUGAAGUCACUAUCGAUAAUAUGGGCAACAUAUUCGCAGUCCGACCAGGGCUGAGGAAAGAUAAGCCCCCAACGUUUGUCGGAAGCCAUCUCGAUACUCAACCAACUGGUGGACGAUAUGACGGUAUUCUCGGAGUCACUGCCGGUAUUGAGAUGUUGAGAGUGUUUGCAGAAAAUCGGAUUGAGACGGAGUAUCCCGUUGGCGUAGUGAAUUGGACGAAUGAAGAAGGCGCUCGAUUCCCAAUGUCUAUGGUUUCAAGUGGAGUGUGGGCUGGAUCUAUACCACUAGAGACUGCGCACAGCCUUCGUGAAGUACAUCCAGGCACGGCAACCAUGAAGUCUGAACUCAAACGCAUCGGUUACCUAGGAGACAUACCAGCUAGUUAUGAAGCCACGCCUAUGGCGGCGCACUUUGAGCUACAUAUCGAGCAGGGUCCGCUGCUGGAGAUGGCAAGAAAGAAGAUUGGUGUGGUCACGUCAGUUCAAGCGUACAAGUGGUUCACGAUCAAAGUCAAGGGGCGAGAUACGCACACUGGAACUACAGAUCUCAAGUCACGCGCAGAUGCUUUGUUGGCGACGAGCAAAAUGAUACUGCACUCCCACCGUCUGGCCACUGCGAACGACACACUAGCAUCAACAGGCAUAUUGAACCUGAAGCCCGGCUCUACGAACACAGUCCCGGGAGAAGUCACUUUUAGCCUGGAUAUCCGUUCUCCAAAGGACGAAAUGGUCCAGAAGAUGAAGGAGUUGAUCCUUCGCGACUUUCCUAAGAUUGCUGCAGGCGAAGAUGUGGGAGCUUCCAAUUAUGGCUGUACACCUGGCCUACCGCUCACCGUGGAAAUCAUGGAGGACUUUGACAGCCCAGCGACGAAAUUCCACGCCGAAUGCAUCGCCUCUGUACGCCAAUCUGCGCACAGCAUUGUCGGGUCUCAUGCAUCAAUGGAAAUGACAUCUGGUGCUGGACACGAUAGCGUGUAUGCAAGUAAGCGUUGUCCGACGAGCAUGAUCUUCGUACCAUGCAGGGAAGGUGUGAGUCACAACCCCCGGGAAUUUUGCGAGGAGGAAGACUGCGCUUUGGGUACACAAGUCUUAUUACAGAGUGUCAUGAGAUUUGAUCGCAUGAGAGACUGGCAAAGAAUAUCUUGGAAACAAGAGCCGUUCGUUCUGUAA